AUGGACAUUUAUGAUGGUGUAUUAGAUUGGGUAAUAUUUAAUGAUAAAACGCAUGGAGAACCUGAAGAGAUCCCAGCAAAAGAGGACCAAGUUUUUUCAAUCAUGCUGUCAAAAGAAAUCUUAAAAAUGAUCCUAAACAAUUCACCAGGUUUAGAAUACUUGAAAAUUGACGUCUCUCGAGAAUUAAAGAGAAGAACUCGUUGUGAAUCCAUUCCCUUCCCUUUUUUAAGUGCCGAUCAUAAUGCGGGAUUACCGAAAUUGAAUACUUUACAUUGCUCAAAUGAUAAUGCGAAUAAUGAAAUACUUUUAUCACUCGCCAAAUCAACGACAUCGAUCAAAAAUCUCAUCAUUAACGAAAACGAUUGGGAUUAUGGUGAUAUCGGGACUGUAAACUCAGCCAUUACCAAAUUGGUAAAUGCACAGAAAGGAAUUGAAAAGGUGAUUAUUAAAAGGGUUAGCAGAGGAGUCACCGAUAUACUUUUGUCAUUGUACUCCCAAAAGAAAACUCUAAAAGGAAUUCAAUUGGAUCACGUAUCAUUUGGUAAUGAUGAACAAGACUUGAAAUGUAUAUCGGAAUUUAGUGAAAAUCUUGAAGAAAUUAGAUUUAUAAAUUGUUAUAAUUUGACCGAUAAUGUCGUGAGACCUUUGUUAAAUAUGGAAUUUCCAAGGUUAACCACCUUAGAAAUUAAUAACCGACAUUUUUAUCUUUUACCCGAAAAAUGUCCAACCAAAGAAAUUCUUGAAUUAAUCAAAAAUCUAGGAAAUCAUUUGACGGAAUUAAUAGUAAACGCGUCAUAUCAACUAACGUUAUACGACUCCAUAUUUCAUCACAUUCAAAAAUAUUGCGGCAACCUGACCACCCUUGGACUUAGUAUAGGUUAUAAACAAUUACCACAUUUAUUAGAAUUAUUUAAAUCACUAAAAAAUCUACAAAGAUUUAUUGUCCAAAGCGACGGAGGGUUAUGUUACAUUGAUAAUUGGUUGAAGGUGAUAGCCGAAGGAAUUCCUCUGACCAUCACCUCACUUGAAGUAAACGGGUGGAUUAUGUCACCAGAUGGGUUAAAAGGAUUUUUAAAUUUUAGUAAGAAUAAAAUAAAAGUGCUCGAAUGGAGGUUGCCGUUUGGGAAUAAAUUUGAAGAUUAUUCUAGCAUUAUUGAAGAUUAUAGCAGCAACAUUUAUUUUGUUCAAAUAUCGCAACGUAAAUUAAAAGAACAGAUUUGGGAUGAAGCUCGAGUGGAAUUUGUAUAA